AUGGCCUAUCCACCUGCCGCUGACUUGCGUCAAAAACUGGCCGAACAUCCGCUACCAACUGUUGCUGUGACGGCUCUCGACCCCGCAUCCCUUACGCCAGAAGAGACAGCAAAGAUCGCAAACAAUGUCUUAACAGCCUUCAACAAGGCAAUCUCAACCAGAGACAUAACUGCUCUUAGCAACUGCUUAUUUGCUGAGCAGGCCUUAUGGAAGGAUUCAUUGGCGCUGACUUACCAUCUGCGAACCUUCUCAACACCGGCAGUGAUAGCAGCACAUCUGCUGGAAACCACCAAGUUGCGCGGUGCUCAUGGUUUCGGUCUUGAGUUCGUCCAUUUCCUGCCUGUCUCUCCAACCCUGCAAUUCUUCGACUGCAGUCUGUCGCUCAAGACAACCUCUCCCGCUGCAACAUGUACUGGACGCAUGUUACUGCUGCCUGUCGAAGGCAGCGGGGGUCUGGAAUGGAAGAUCUGGGUUCUGAGUACAAGACUCGAGAGUUUGGAUGCGCACCCAGAAGAUGAGACUCUUCUGCGUACCCCUUCGACGUUAGCAGAUGGUGGCGAUGAUAUGAAGACAGACGUCUUUAUUAUUGGGGGUGGAAAUGGGUAUGCCGUUUGCUUGUCUUUUUCACAUGAGCAUCUAAAGACUGACUUGAGUACCUACUCGAUAAUAGUGCUCUUGAAGUUCCACGUGCCGACUGCAAUGUGUGACAUGCCUUAUCUGCGUAGGUUCAACGCCUUUCUCAUCCUCUUUCUCCCACUUUCUGACUUCUCUAUAGCGUACGGCGAAGACCUCAAAGGUUCACAUCUACUAACGCGAGACGAGCUCGCAAACCAAGUUCGUCAGUAUGUCAAAGAGUUCAACUUGAACAUGAUCACCUCGUCCCAGAUCCAGUCCACACAAUACGACCAGGCAACGAGACGAUGGACCGUGAAGUUGAAGACCCCAAGCGGUCUACGAACAGUGAGGUCAAAACACCUUGUGCAAGCAACGGGACUCGCCUCGCAAAAGCCUCGACUCCCUGAUAUUGCAGGCAAGGAAAUAUACAAGGGCAUCAGCCUGCACUCCAACGAGUACAAGAACCCAGAGGUCUCUCUUCAAAACAAGGGCGCCAAGUCUGUCCUCAUCAUUGGUUCAGCCAACACGGCCAUCGACAUCCUCAAUGACUGCCAGACCGCCGGCCUGGACACAACAAUCCUUGCCCGCUCCCCGACAUAUGUCCUCCCGGUAGGGUACGUAAUGGAUCCGCGUGGCUUUGGGCUGUUCAACCAGCUAGACACAGAAACAUGUGACAGGGCUUUGAUGUCGUUUCCCACGUGGGUAGAGUGCAACAUGGCGCACGGAUUGCUUGCCAUGUUGGCGUCUCAAGAGCCGGACAGAUACAAAAGGGUGGCCAAGGCUGGCUUCCCGGUCAUUGACAGUGCUCACCCCGACGCAUGUCUGAUGCACAAUCUUGUGGAGAGAGGCGGGGGACAUUAUGUUGAUAUCGGUGGCUUGGAGGUGAUCGCGGAGGGAAACGUGGGUGUGAUAUCGAGUGUUGAGCCAGUGGCGUACACGGAGACUGGGCUGAGGCUCUCUGAUGGAAAGACGGCGGAGGCGGACAGUAUUAUCUGGUGCACUGGGUUUUCCGACUUGAACGCUCGGGAUACAGUGUUUGAGGUUUUGGGUGGUGAGAACGCGGCUGAUGGGGAGGAACAGGAUUCGAACUUGCUGGGUCCGAGAGAGAUCGCGAACACGGUUGACGCCACGUUUGGUGUCGAUGAGGAGGGGGAGAUCAGGGGGUUGUGGAAACGACAAAGAGGAAUCGACAACUUUUGGUUCAUGGGUGGGCAAACCCAGCAUCAUCGGUAUCACUCCAAGACUGUGGCUCUGCAAAUCAAGGCUGAACUUGAGGGUCUGUUACCGCCGGCUUAUAGAAACAAUUCCUGUUUUCCUGAAUUCUAA